UUUGAAAAUUUAUCAGUUGAAUAUCUGAAGAAUCAACAAUGGCCCGUACCAAGCAGACCGCUCGCAAAUCUACCGGAGGAAAGGCUCCACGCAAGCAGCUCGCCACCAAGGCAGCUCGCAAAUCUGCCCCAGCCACUGGCGGAGUCAAGAAGCCCCAUCGUUACAGGCCUGGAACCGUCGCUCUCCGUGAGAUCCGUCGUUACCAGAAGAGCACCGAGCUUCUCAUCCGCAAGCUCCCCUUCCAGCGUCUGGUCCGUGAGAUCGCUCAGGACUUCAAGACCGAGCUCCGCUUCCAGAGCUCCGCCGUCAUGGCUCUCCAGGAGGCUAGCGAAGCUUACUUGGUCGGUCUUUUCGAGGACACCAACCUUUGCGCCAUCCACGCAAAGCGUGUCACCAUCAUGCCAAAGGACAUCCAGCUUGCCCGCCGUAUCCGUGGCGAGCGUGCUUAAAUUGUCUUUCUUUGACUGACAUAAUAAACGGCUCUUUUCAGAGCCACCAAAAGCUCAAGAAAGAAUCAAAUGAUCGAUCUUUUGUCUUUGUGUUUUCUUAUCACGCACUGUACUUAUCUGUUCAUUUUAACACCCCUAACGGCCUAACCUAAUUCUUU